AUGAAAGAUACAAAUAAUUAUAGCGAAAAUAAUUUUACCGAUCCUUCUGAAACUAGUCAUGAGAGUAAUUAUGAAAGUAAUUACGAAAGUAAUUGUGAAAGUAAUUGUGAAAGUAAUUAUGAAAGUAAUUCUGAAAGUAAUUCUGAAAGUGAGGGAAAUAAUUCAGAAUUAGUUAAUUUAAUUACUGAAAAUUUAAGAGUUGGCAAAAUACGAUAUUCUGCUUUACCAAUAGAGUAUUCACCUACUUCAGAGGAAAGAAUCGCAAUUAUGCAAUAUCAACAAGGUCAUCCUAAUGGAGGUGGUAAUACCAAACCUGCAUGUGAUGAAAUUCAAAAUGCUUUAUACUAUGAAGUUGAUAUGGAUACCGAUUUUAUGCAAGAAGAAAAUAGAAAUUUAACAAGUCAAAAUUCUAUAGAAAUGCAAACAUAUAUCAAAAGAAUCUAUAAAUAUCUGCUACCACCACCUAGUAAAGUUCUAUUUAAAAUCAUAAAUAAAUUAAAAUUUAUGAUAGAAGAAGCAUCUGAAGAAAUAGUAAAUAUUUCUUCGCAAAAACUUAUUCCAAGUAAUCUUAUUAAAGCAACAUUUGAGGUUAAUUAUUUAUCUCAAGUACAUGCAUCACUUAACAAUAUUGAUAAAUUAAGAAGACUUGUUGCUAAAGUACAAAAAAGCUAUUAUUCAUUUGGUCAAGGAAUUCUUGAACUAACCUAUAAUAUUUGGGAAAAAAAUAUAAAUUAUUUAAAUUAUGUACAACAAUCUGCUAAACAUUAUGAUGAAAGUAUUAGCACGUCAAAAGCAAUUAAAUGA